UAGUUCUUUUGAAGUGGUGAACCUUUCUACAAGAACAAACCACACACAUAAAACUUAAUUUUUUUCAUAAAUUAUUUUUUAUACUUUUUUUAAAAUUAAUUUUCAAUUUAAAAUGAAAUCAACGGUGAUUUUUGUUGUAUUUUGCUUAUUAUCAUCAACAUAUGCACAAGUAUUUAAAUGUCCACCAAAAGAUGGUCAAUACGAAGAUCCAGAUCAAUGCGAUAAAUUUUAUGAAUGCCGAGAUGGCGAGCCGAUCCAAAAACUUUGUCCCGAUGGUUUAGUUUUUGACCCAACCAUAAGAAAAAUUAAUAAAUGUGAUCAACCGUUUAACGUCGAUUGUGGAAACAGAGUUAAUUUGCAACCCCCAAAACCGAAAGGAAAUUGCCCGAGACGUAACGGUUUCUUCGCCCAUCCUGAUCCGAGUAUUUGCAACAUAUUUUAUAAUUGCAUUGAGGGCGAAUACACCGAAAUUAAAUGUACAGCUGGUUUGCACUUUGAUGAAUUUAGUGGAACUUGCGUUUGGCCCGAAGCUGCGCAAAGAGAAGGAUGCAAAGCUAAAGAAAAUAAAUUAGAUGAUGGGUUCGUGUGUCCCCAAGAAAGCCAUACGGAUCAAAACGGACAAGUUAACAUCCACCCCAAAUUCCCAAACCCCAACGAUUGCCAGAAAUUUUAUGUCUGCUUAAACGGGGUUGAACCUAGAGAUUUAGGUUGCACCGUUGGUGAAGUUUACAACGAAGUUUUACAAAAAUGUGACGCCCCAGAAAAUGUUCCUGGAUGUGAGGAUUGGUACAAAGAUGAGCCAGCCCCCCAACCAGGAAAGAAAAACUAAAAACUCCUUCAUCUUUUCUUAGUUCCCUUUAAAUCCUUCUCUUAUUACAUUUUAUCAAUAAUUUUUAUAUAAAAAAUGUGAUGUAAUUUCUAUAAAAAAGAAUAAUAAUAAAAAAACGACG